UGUUAAACAACAAAAUUUUUGUAAUUUAAAAAAAUAAGAAAUAAUUUUAAUUAACAGAGAUGAACAUAUAUUUUCAAGCAAUUGUAAUAGUUUUCACUUUUGUGACACUGAUUACAACCACUCCAAUUACAACCAAUAAAUUAGAUGUCAUUCAGCCAGUUGAUCAGAUAAAUUCAUCUUAUGUACGGGACAUCAUGCGACUUUCCAAAGCAGCUGAAAUACAUAAUUACAUGAACGCAAGCAUCGAUCCAUGCGACAACUUUUACAAUUUUGCAUGUGGUAAUUGGUUGAAAAUAAAUCCAGCAAACUCUAUCCAACAUGCAACGACUGGCUUUUUUGAGUCCAUAACAUUAGCUUUAAAUCGCAAAGUAGCAUUGGUACUGAAAUCGGGAGUGCAAGACUCCGAUACGGAAACGGAUAUUAAGGUGAAGAAAUUCUAUGAGUCAUGCACAAACAUUGCUCAAAUACAGUCUGUAUACAGAGCAAAACUGAAGGAAAUAAUUGCGGAAUUCGGUGAAAUGCCAGCGUUGGUUGGUGAUAAGUGGCAAGAGCAGAACUUCAAUUGGUUGGAGACAGUAGGAAAAAUUAGUUUAAAAUAUGGGAAAGAUAUAAUUAUAAGUAUUGACGUGCUUGCAGAUUAUGCUAAGAAUACAGAGAAUCGCGUUUAUAUUGGACCUUCAGAUUUGCCACUGGAGAGUCGUUCAAUGUACUUAGAUAAUGUUACGAAAAUAUAUCGAGAAGGUUACAAAAUGACAAUAGCUGAUAAGUUAAAACGUUAUCUGGGCAUAAAUGAACAAGUGGCAAAAGAAACAGCUGCAGAUAUAAUGGACUUUGAAAUUUCUUUGGCUAGGGGCAUGAUAGAUGAUAAAUUAGGUUUAGACUUAGACGAGAUGACACAAUUAACCACAAUUGAUAACAUGCAAAAGAAAUAUGCACCAGAUAUCGAUAUACGUCGUUUACUUGAUAUAAGGCUUGGAUCUGACUUUAAUGAAACUAUUUAUGAAUUCGUACCAGAAUAUCAAGACAAUCUGAAGGAUAUUAUAAUAAGAACACCAAAGCGUGUUGUGGCUAAUUAUAUUUUUUAUUAUUUGCUUAGUGAUUUUCAGUUAAAAAAUGCUAAAACAAGAGCCAGUCAAGAAGUUUUAUGUAUAGCCGAAACUAAAUCUCAUUUUGCCAAAGUAUUGGAUAAUAUGAUUUAUAGAAAAUAUAAUACCAAAACAACAGAAAUGGAUAUUGAACUUGUAUGGAAUAAACUAAAAAGCAUUUAUAGAUCAAAAUUACGUUCGAGAGAGUUAAACUGGAUUGAUCUUGAUACGAGAAAGUCUGCCAUUGAGAAACUAGAUGCAAUGAAAUUGGAAAUUAACUCUUACUCUAAAGAUGACUUCACCAAUGAGUUUGCCAACUUGACAAUUAAUGGUGAGGAUUAUGUUGAAAAUGUUAAGAGUUUUUUAAGUUGGGGUGCCUCGCAAUUACUAACUAAACUACAUGAACCUCCAAAAUCAUUAGAAGCAGGCGAAAUACUUUCAUAUACACCAGCUAAUAUUAUCAUCGAAAACACAAUAAAAGUGCCCAUAUCACUAUUACAGCCUUACUACCUAUGGGCUGCUGUUUAUCCAAAUGCAUUAAAGUUUGCUACAUUGGGCACGUUAGUUGGUCAUGAGAUGGUACAUGGUUUUGAUGACUCAGGUCGAAAAUAUGACAAGGAUGGUAACAGUAGAGAUUGGUGGGAUGAGCUGUCUACAAAAACAUUCGUGGAAAAAACUAAAUGCUUCUCUAAACAAUACAGUAAAUACAUUUACGGUGGACGGAACCUGCCAAAAAGUACAGCACAGUCUGAAAACAUUGCUGACAAUGGCGGUAUACGUUUGGCAUACGAAGCUUAUUUGAAUUGGUAUGAGGACGCAGUGCGUUCUGGGCAAGAUUUAGUAUCUGAAACACUACCAACUUUGAAUUAUACAAGUAAGCAAUUAUUUUUUAUUACAUAUGCACAAUUAUGGUGUAGUGAUACUCAUCCCCGCCUACGAGAUUUGCAGACUUCAGUAGAUUCACAUGUGCCAUCAAUGUUUAGAGUAAUUGGACCACUUUCAAAUUUUUUAGAAUUCUCGAAAGAAUUCAACUGUGAAGUUGGUACUCAGAUGAAUCCGUUAAGAAAGUGUGCAAUUUAUUAGAAAACUUGUUGAUAAGUGUGAAUGUAAAUAUAAAUGUAAAUAAAAAUAUGUUUAAAAUA